CUGCGCACGCCCCCUCCCCCCGCACGCGCCGGGGCGUCCCCGUCGCCGCCGUUGCCACGCCGGGGAGUUGCGUUGCUAGGCAACGCGGCCCCUGCCGCGGGAGGCGCAGGCUGGGCUUAAAGGGGCAGGAGCGGCUGGGCGCCCGCAGGCUGCGGGGCGAGCGCAGAGCCACAUGACUUAUAAAAUCAACUAAAGAUUAUCAAUGGAGCAUCAUGAUUUUUGCAAGGGCUAUUCCUCCAAACAAGAGACAAUAGCAGUUACUGCAGUUGCUUUACAGGAUCAUAUUAUACACGAUCUUCAGCUCCAGGAUCUUUCAUUAGUGGAUCCUUUAAAGUCAAAGUCAAGGAAUAUAAAGAGUAUUUACAAACCUGUGAACAAAGAGAUGGUCAGAGCAGUAGUAGAUACCGGACUAAGAAAAAAGAUCACUCACCACAAAAAAAAGGAAGAUUCAGAAAAGGAGUAUGUUCUUGAUCCCAAUCCUCCACAGCUAACAUUAGCUCAGAAAUUAGGCUUAGUUGAGCCUCCUCCCUUGCCACUCACUGCUGAAGAAUGGGCAAAAAUAAAGCAGAGAUCCAUAAAGCAUGGAGAUUCUGUACAGCCUUGUGCAAUAUGCAGGGAAGAAUUUGCGCUUCAGCCUCAGGUGUUGCUUUCAUGUUCCCAUGUAUUUCAUAAAGCAUGCCUGAAAGCCUUUGAAAAGUUUACAGGUAAAAAGUCUUGUCCUAUGUGCAGGAAAAAGCAGUAUCAGACCAGAGUAAUACACGAUGGGGCACGCUUGUUUAAAAUAAAGUGCGCUAUCAGAAUUCAAGCUUUCUGGAGGGGAUAUGUUGUUAGAAAAUGGUAUAAAAACUUGAGAAAAACCGUGCCUCCUAAAGAUAGCAAAUUAAGAAAACAAUUCUUUGAAGAAAAGUUUAGUGACAGCCAACCCAGUUCAGCUCUCCAGUAACAAAAGCUACUCCGACACAUCCUCAGCAAUUACCAGACCAUCCCUCAUGGAGCCACAGAAGUCAUCUUCUGCUCCAGAAUACCAGACAGCCUGAUUAACAGAGAUUAACAAAGUCACACAAGAAAGCAAUUUAAUACAGCCAGUGCAUGCAACUGGGAAAAUAUUCUCACCCAAGUUGCAAGCCAUAUCAGUGGAAGGUUUAAACCAAUACUUUUAUUUCUUUAAAUCACGUCUUUAGUUAAAUAGAGGAGUGCUUGCAGGAGAAGACUUGUUACUGCCUAUCCUUUCAUUAUUUGUCAUACGUGGUUGCAUCCUGUUAGAGCAGAGCUUUGGAGGCAGGAGCCCUCUCUUCCUAUGUUAUGCAAAUUGUGUGAUAGCAAGACCAGUACCCUAGCGGUGAUCUUGCACACCUUUGCAACAAAACUGGUGACAGCAGCUGGGAAGAGAGAAGAAAUAUCUCUCUCAGCCUUAAUGCUCUCUUUUAAUCAGCAAGCGCCAAGUUCUUUGUGUAACAGAGAAACUGAGUACAGAGGUAACAGAAGAAAGCUAGCAUUACCUUUGAAAGUGCUUACAUGCUUAAGCUUGGAAGAAGUGAACACCUUGGUGAACUGUGACUGUCCUCAAGUAGUUCAAUAAUAAGGAGCAACAGAAAUGUUUAGAUUUUUCUGCAUGGAGCAUUAGGGGAACAAAGUGUUAUGUCUCUUUCCUAGUAAGGUUCUCAGCUGUCUUGGGGCUCAAAAUACCAUGUUUAGUUAUAAACAAGAUCGCAGUAAGGGGAAAUGGCAAAAGCUUCUAAAUAUGCUGAAAUUUGCAGCUGAGUGUUAUAUACUAAAACUUCUUUCACCUGACUUCAGAUGUCUACAGUAACUGUCUCCUGAGCUACCUACCCUGGGCUCCCUUGAAGGGCACUUUAGAUGUCUGUUUUAGGGAGAAACAAAUUGAUAAACACUGCCUACAUUUUAUCAGCUGAUUGUAACCCACACUGAAUGCUUCAUUUAAUGCAAUUUCUGGGUGUAGUCCACAGCAUUAGGAAAUAAUUCUUGUAUGUAACACUUCAGGAUUUUGCAGGGAACAAAAUGGGCAGCACUAUUUCUGUGUUCUGUUAAAAAUAAAUUUAUAAAGUGUUCUCAUGUGGAUUAGCCAGGUCUGAAUGCAUUUAGUACCAAUUAUGAUUAAAGGAUAUAUACUCAUUUUUCUUAGUGGCUUUCAAGUGAGAAUUGUAGAUGAGUUUUCCUGCUGUUAGCUCUUAUAGUUUUAAGUGUUGGUUAAUGAAAACACUAAAGUAAUUUUUCACAAGGAGCUAUCCAUUCUCAGAUCCUAAAAAGCUUUUCUAGAAUGAAUUCUACCUCUCAAACUUGUGCUGUGCUUUUAAAAUGUCACUCCCUAAAUGUUAGCAUAAUCAAAUGGCAUCACAUUUGGGGGAAAAAAAAAUCAGAGGUUAGCAGUUAGAUUUUUAAUAACCCUAUCUCCUUUGGAAGGAUUGCAAAGGCUGAAUGUCAAGUUUCACACUCUUGAAUAAAUGUCACAAAGUAAGAAAUAACAUCUGAAAUAUUAGUGCUAUGAAAUAUGCAUAUUACUUGUUUCAUGGUGAUACAGUAGCUCUUAUUACACCAAUCAAAUUUUUAAUAAUUUAGAUCAAAGGAGACAAAAAGGGUCACUGAAACCAACUGAUGUUACUUUUUAACGCCACUAUGCACAAAAAGCAAAGUGUUACUUAGAAUGCAGCAUGUUAGGUAGUGAAUUUCUUUGAUCCUACCUAUAAAUGUCACUUGCAUAUGUCAUUUAAUUGUAGUAUAGUCUUUUAUUGGUGCAGUUAAAUCUUUUCAAAUGCAUUACAUUAUCUCCAGCUUUGCUAAAAAUCUUGACCAUUGUUUAGGAAGCCAGGUAAGUCAUUUGUGAAAUGGUGUAGUUGACUUCAGUUUCCUCCUCCCCCUCCACAUGAUUUCUCCAAACGAUUUUAAUUUAAAUCUCACCAAACAGUAUAAUGGUCCUGGAAUUUGUUUAGUCGUUUGACUUCCUUUAUCACAUGGAGAUGGUAAACAUUCUGUUGCUAACUUGAAGUGGCUCCAAGCAGCAAAACUAGGAGGAUAUUAAACCAGUAAAAGCUUAUCAACUGAUUCAUUGAUAUGCUGUAAAUUCCAGCCUUUUCAUUUUACUAUUGAGGGUUGCCAUAAGUCAACACAUUAGUAAGCAAUUUGCUGACAUUGGAUCACUUAAAAAGGCCUCCCUGUGGACAAAGUUCACCACCGUGCUUUGUUUCAUCAUUUUAUUUUAUCAUAGUCUUGUGCUGCUGUACAGAUGACUGAAGUAGUUUUGCAUAUUGAUACGGGAUUUCAGAUACUUAGUUUAUGCCAUGCUAUUUAAGUUUUAAGAAGUCACAGACAUAAAAUGUAGAGGUAUGGUGUUUUCAGAAAUAGAUUCAGUUAAUCAGUUUCAGUUCUGGAAAAAAAUAAUUUAGUAUUAUGCAUUGAAACACAGCAGGAUUUAACAUUUAAAUUAUACAUUAGUUUACACAUUUAAAUUACAUACUAGUACAUAACAUCCAAAUCAUAAAAAAUGCUUAUUCCUUUCUGUCCACUGUUCACACUGGUAUUUAAUACUGAUAUGCCAUUUAGCAUAAAUUUGGGGUUAAAUUUCAGUUACUUUUUUUCUCCCCAACCCUAGACUUUAUUUGCUGAUUGAUGGGUAUGGGUUGGGUCAGGUCAUACUGCAGAAAACUCAGGAGUAGCUCAAAGCAGAUAGUAGCUUAGCAGCAGAGGAACUUAAUAGAUCACUGUCUUAGGCAGUAGAAGCAUUUUUCUCUCCUUCUACAGUUUCUGCUCAAGGAAGCUCAUCAGGGGACUCUCAGGAUCAUUUAGUAAAAUGGGGGAAGAAGAGCAUAAGCGCAAGCUCAAGGAAAAAAAAUGGAGGGCUUCUCACUGCUCAGGAAAAAAGGAACAAACAGUGCAGCCACAGGAAGAAAAGGGGCAGCGCUUAGUUUAUGCAACCUCAGUCCCUGUCUGCCUCCUGCUUACAGCUCUUUGUUGGUUAAUUUUCCUUAGCAGCCUAUCUAGUCAUACCACUGUUCAAAGACAGGCCAAGUCCUGAAGCUGACCACGUACCCUGUGUUUGUAUUGUCUUUGCAGAAAUAGCAACUGGCCAGGGCUGAGUUAAAAUAUUGUUGCUUUUCUCAAAUUUUGGGUCCUGAGAAGCUAUCAGUGAGAGUAAAAGCAUCAUCAUGGCUGCUCUAACCUUUCUUUACAUCCCUCUAGCUUGCUUAUGAAAACAAUUGAGGUAUGUUCACAUUUGAUACCAAUAUAAAUGAAGAUGAAGCAUAAAUCAGUCUGGAAAUGUUGAUGUUGAACCAAAACCAUGACAAAACCAUUACAAAGUGGGCUAAUUCAGCCCUAGAACCUGGGUAACAACAGCUUAGAUCAAGCAGUGACAUUCCUAGUAAUUUUUAUUAAAAAUAUGUAAUCGCAUUAAAACAUUUGAGACAUAACUUGAUUAAAGUAAACGCUAGAGUGUUAGUAUUUCAUGUCUCAUUCAGGAAGCCCACAGUGUGAUGAUUUGGGAUUGUUUGGAGACCACAAAGUGUAAAUAUUGAAGGAGGCCUGUGGUGGGAUUCUUGUUUGUUUGUUUUUUGUUUUACACAUACCACUAAAGGUCAGUGUGCUGCCUUUUUUUUUUUUUUUUUUUUUUUUUUUGGUCAGUGAAGAGUCAUGAGGGAGCACAAAAUUAUCCAUCUACUCUUUGCUAGAUACAGCACUUCACUCACAAACUACUGAAGGUGUUGCUUCUUUUCAUAUCACAUUGCUGUUUAAGUACAGAUGCUAUACAAGGGGCCUGUGAAGAUUUCUCCUUGAGUUAGACCAAGUUCAUACACUAGUAUUAUCUAAUAAUGUAACUAAACCUGAUUGGAACACAAACUGAUGCAUCCUUUCACUAUACUGUUGUUCUGGAGAUCAUUUACAAAUCUAGUAAGUCAUAAUAACAACAGUGAAUCAGACAGUAAAUUAAAAAGAAUACAGAGUACCAAAUCUAACUUCAAGAAGCAAACAACUUAUGCUGCUUGAUAGUUUCCCUUAUCUGGGCACUUCUAAAGUUUGUCUUUGAAGCCUUUAAAGAUAAAGAUUAUGGGUUUCUCUGGAAGACACUCCCAUAUUUGCACAUCAUAUGAACCUAAUAUUUUUAUUAGAUUAGGUGAUACUAUGGGGCUUUUUAUAAUUUUAGAAGAAAAACUUUGAAUUUCACUAGUUAAGUAAUAUCUCAAAAUCUUGACUGACUUUUUCAGAGUAGCUGUUGUGGGAUUUGGGUUCUUUAUUCCUUUGAGUCUAGACGAGUUCACUUUGACUAUUCUGAUACGAAUGCUAAAGUGACCCUUCCCAGCAUGUAUCAGAGCACACAUCCUAGUGGGGAAGAGCUGCAAAAGGAGUGAAGUGAAACACAAUAGGAAAGUGUUCAGCUCCCAUCUCCUGGCUGACCUUGGCAACAACCCCUCCCCCCUCUUCCCAUCCCAUCCUCCAGGAAAAGAUAGCUCAACUGUUUUCCUGUUAAGUCACCACUCCAAGGAAUGUAUGUAGAGGAAGGCUCAGAUUUCACACCUCUCCAUGUUUCUUAAAACUGCUGAAAUCAUUUAAGAAAAGAGUUUCAAAGGACAAGUCUAAGACUUGUGUGACUCCCUACAGAACUUUCAGACAGUGUAGUGGUAAUGGGAGACAGUAGCCACUGUGAGCUUGGAUUUCAUUUAAGAUCAUUACCAUUUAGGAAGUUCAGAGUGGGCUUGGAUAAACUUAACUUCCAUUGCUUUUAGGUAUUUAUUUUGCCAAGCACUGACUGGAACAUCCUCAAAUACAAUACAAUGCAAAUAAGCCUGAUCAGAUUGUUUAGACCUAUGUAUGACAAGCAGAAAUGUAUUUAAAACACAAGGUCACGAAAGUCUAUACCAAGGACAACCCUAAUAUGCUGCUUCUGUCAUUGGGUAUCUUCCACUGAUCCAUCCAGUGGAUGGACUGGUUUACCACCAUAUGACAGAUACUUCAGGAAGUGCUAUACAGCCUUUCUCUGUAACGCAGCUGUAGUCUUUGUGCUGCACCCAUAUGGGUUAAGAAUGUUAGAUCUAUCCUGGAAAUUUCAGAUAUGAGAACCUUGUGUUUCCUCCGAAGCACAAUGGUCCAUCAGUAGAGCCUGAAGACCUGAUGCUUCUAACCUUUAUGUCAGCACCGGACACCAGCUGCAAAUUGCAACAGAUUCCCUUGCCAUUAAGUAAUUGCAACAGAUUCCCUUACCAUUUCUUUCUCUGUAACAGCCUGCAGUGCACAUCAGUUGAGCCUAAGCCUCAGUGAGCUGUUUAUCAGCACUCCCACAUCCAAAGAACCCAAUAUUUUUAGAAGAGGAAACAAAAUUUUGAGUAGAUCAUGCAACUAAUCAGGCCCACUUGUCCAAUCCCUCAUGAUUCAUCCACAUAUGAAGUGUAUAUAUUCCAUAAAUAUACCUAUAAAUAACUCUGAAUUCAGCUCCAAUUGCAAUUCAUUUUCUUUUCAGGUUCAACAUAUCAGCAAUCGUCUGUUGAGUUCUUACAAUAUAAACCUAGAUGAGUUUUUUUCUGAAAUAGAUUCUUCUAUA